CCGGCAGUAAUUCGUCUCUCUGACGAGGAGAGAAUAUCUGGGAAGACCCGGCCCGAUACCAUUCAAGAAGCGCUUACCUACUUCCACCGGGACGGCUUUCUUGUCUUGGAGAACGUAAUUGAUGACGAGCUAGUUGACAAGCUGUAUCAGCGCAUGGUUGACGAUAAUGCCACCUUCCUCUCCAAGAAGCAUAUGACCUGGAACCAGGGUGCAGCAACGAAGAACGUGUCUCAAAUCCCACCCUUGACACCCGAGUGGUUGCACCGAGACUUCUACGCCAACCCACAUAUGCUGCGUAUACUUGAGAAUGUACUGGGCCCGAGACCGGAGCUACGGUUCUUGAACGCCAACGUUGCGUGUCCCGGAGCGACCGGACGUCAAGCAGUGCAUACCGAUGUGAACCAUCGUUUCCCAAGCGUUCCGUUCGGGAUCGUGAUGAACACGUAUCUUCAGGAUUCCGACGAGCAUAAUGGCGUAACCGAGAUCUGGUGCGGAACGCACAAUGCCUACCCGCAUCCUGGGCAGCUGAAGCACAAGGAAAGCAGUUGGAUACGAAAGGAUCUGAUCCAGCGCCAGGGCAAGGUUCGACCGCCUGUCCAACCAAAAAUCCGUAAAGGCAGCAUCUGCUUCCGUGAUUUGCGCCUUUGGCACGCUGGCAUGCCGAAUACCAGCUCGCAGCACCGCAUCAUGCUGGCGAUCGAUUACUUCGCCGCAUGGUAUCAAUGUCCGAUGAAGCUGCAGCUGCCGAUCGCGGCCAGGAAGCAGGUGGAGGAGGACUGGGGUAUCUCAACGGUCGGUAUCGAGUGGGUAGAUGGUGAG